AUGUCGGAAUUCUCGCGACGAAGCAACCGAGAGGAGAGUAGCUCUACGAGCAACAGCGCCGAACAAGUCGAUGAACUACCUAAACUUGACGGUAUCGAUUUUAGAUCCUCUUGGUCUGUCCCCGUCUCAGUCGACAUAUCUGGGAAGAGGUUGCUCGGUCAUGUCAACAACCCCGUCAUCGAGGACGCCGCCAUCCCUCGCGAGAUAAUCGCCGACGAGCUACGAAGCACUCGAUUCCUUGCCACGUUGGAACGCCCCAUUCGCAUUGGAACGCAUGAUAAGCUCCCAGCAUAUCAUCUCUGCCUCUCACUCUCUUUCCAGAACAUGCAGCUAAGCUCGGGCGGGCGGAUAAGGCAGGCGAGCAUUGCAAUCACGUUCGAAGAUGCGCCUCUCAACACUUCCAUGGAAGACUUCAGUGACGAUAGUGACUCGGACGAUAUAUACCCGCCGGCAAUCCUAGAGAUCCACCCAAAACUCUAUGAGGGCCCUGUCUCGAUAGUGAAUGUGGAAGUGUCCACCGAACUAUCGCUAUCCGCAAGUGGUCUGGCCUCGGUGAGCCCCGGUGGUAAGGCGAGCCAGAAAAAGUCGUGGGAGCAGGAGGGGCGCCUUUUGGUACAUGGAUCAACGUUAGGCAGUCCUGUCAAGCACAAGGUCGUUUGGAGAGUCAGCGAGAACCCAAUCUCAAAACUCGGGAUUCCCAAGGAGAUGCGACUGCCUUUCAUUGUGAGGCCACAGAAUGGGCGAAGGUUUUUGGCGAAGCUGGUGCUUCACGCUUCUUACGGCAUAUGGAGAGGUCCAUUGGCGAGUAUGGUGCCUAUCGUUGGGAAAAGUGACGACCCUAUCUACUUUGAUCCGACAACAUUGGAAAGAAUGGCGAGACAGAGGGAAUGUAGUCGGUUUGAUGGCAAAAUUGUUGCGGAAGAAGUUGGAGAUCUUGCUCAAUGCGACCUCAGCAAGCACUCGUCCUUCCCAUUGGAGGAACAACCAUAA